UUGCUAUUAAUUACGAAUUCCCCUUGAACACUCCUUACCAAAGUAGUCAGAGGAGGACAGCCAACAUCCUCCUGCUCCCCUAUCCACCUGCCCCAGGGAGACGCCGGCUCUGAUUGGCUCAGAGCUCAGCCAAUCCGGCUCCAGCUCCCUGUUGAGGGGGAAGGCCAUUCAAAUGGGAGUGUGUGGCUGCCGAGGAUAUUCAUGCUUGGAGACCCUUGUCACACCAGCAGCUUUAAAGCCACAACUCUUCAAAGGCAAAGUGUCCGGGGGGUCUGUCUGAGGAGAGAGGAAAGAGAGGUGUGAUUGACAGGAAGACAGGCACGAGAAAACUGUGAUACAACUGCAGAUAGGCAAAUUGCAUACAAAGCUGUAAGGAUAUUGAGAAGUUAUUAGCUGGGCAAGAUUGACAGAUUUCCUUUACCGGAGUAUGGUGACAGAGUUCAGAUGGAUUUAGUCGACCUGUAUCUCCCGGAGUGCUUCACUUACCACUCUGACAUUGAUCCCUUGGGCAGGAUGUCUCUGAGGGGCCUGGACCCCACCUGUCCCACAUCCAUAAAGCGUGAGCCCUCCAGCCCGAGCUCUCAAGGCGACGUGAGCCCGGCGCAGCCCAGCCCUGCCAGCUCCUCCUCGGACACUAACUCCAGCUUUGGGCCCCUCAAGAGCCACCCCCACACCAACGGCCUAGACUCCCCCAGUCUCUAUGUCCACAGCGCUGCCAAUAAUGCAGAGACGAACAGGAGGUUUGCAGAGGACGAGGGCCAGGUGAAGUGUGAGUUUAUGCUGGGCACUGUGGCCAAACGUCUGUGUUUGGUGUGUGGAGACAUCGCCUCGGGGUACCACUAUGGGGUGGCCUCUUGCGAAGCCUGUAAGGCCUUUUUCAAGAGGACCAUUCAAGGUAACAUCGAAUACAGCUGCCCAGCAUCCAAUGAAUGUGAAAUCACAAAAAGAAGAAGGAAGUCCUGCCAGGCCUGUCGAUUUGUCAAGUGUCUGGCUGUGGGCAUGUUGAGAGAAGGUGUGCGUUUGGAUCGGGUUCGCGGAGGCCGACAGAAGUACAAGAGGAGGAUAGACGCAGAGAACAGCCCGUACCUGCAUCCACAGAACGCCUUUCCCCAAAAGAAAACAUUUGCAGUUGGUGGUGUGACUGAAAACAAAGUGGUGUCUCUAUUGCUGGUGGCUGAGCCUGAGAGCAUCUUCGCCAUGCCCGACCCAACUGUCCCGGAGAGCGACAUCAAGGCUCUGACCACCCUGUGCGACCUGGCUGACCGCGAACUGGUGGUCAACAUCGGCUGGGCUAAACACAUCCCAGGCUUCCCCUCCUUGUCUCUUGCUGACCAGAUGAGCCUCCUGCAGAGUGGCUGGAUGGAGAUUUUGAUUCUGAGGGUGGUGUAUCGCUCGCUGACUCUGGAGGACAGGCUGGUGUAUGCAGAGGACUACAUCAUGGAUGAGGAACAGUCCAAACUGGCAGGACUCCUGGACCUCAACAACGCCAUCCUGCAGCUGGUGAAGAAGUACAAGAGUAUGGGCAUAGAGAAGGAGGAGUUUGUGGUUCUGAAGGCUAUCGCACUUGCGAAUUCAGACUCCAUGCAGAUUGAAGACACAGAGGCGGUGCAGAGACUGCAGGACGUCCUACACGGAGCUCUCCAGGACUAUGAGAGCACCCAUCACCCGGAGGACCCCCGGAGAGCAGGCAAGCUGAUCAUGACACUGCCCCUCCUGAGGCAGACCUCUGCACGGGCCGUCCAGCACUUCUGCUGCAUCAAACAGGACGGGCGUGUGCCCAUGCACAAACUGUUCCUCGAACUACUGGAGGCGAAGGCCUAACACAGACAUACUACCAUUAGCUUUAGCAUAAACUCAAUGAAGGACUGAAGAACUACUCAUUUUGCCUGCAUUUAAAGUCAAAUCUGCUCAGACCUGAAAACUCAAGAGAUGGAAAGCUGCUGGAUUAUCUUUGUGUCUUUGUGUCCUAGUGUCCUACAGACAUUACACUAACUGUGUUUUGACCUGCAUCUGGGUCAGAGAAGAAUGAAGGACUUGAAAACAAAAACAUUUUUAUGCCAAACAUAAAGCUUCUUUGUCAAAAGACUUGAAAUGAUUUCCUCUAUCUUGAAGCCUGUUAAUGCAUCCUAGCUCAUAUAGAAAGCCUUUUAUGGUUUAAUUUUAUUUGUCAAUUUUGUACAGACAAGAUAAAUGUGUCCUAAGAGGCAAGUUUUGCCAAAGAGUAAAAGACUGCACUGUAUUCUAUUAAAAAUACCAGCAACUGUCCACCAUAAUACAAUGUGGCCUGUGAGACAUUCACCCUGCAGUGUGUUGCAACAUCUCGGUCCAUUUCAGAAACAGCAGAUGAAUAAAGGGAAUAGCAAAUUUAAUCCACUAAAACAAUAAAAGCCUCUUUGGUUUUAGCAGAAAUGUUCAGGGAAAGUAAUGUCAUUAAAUGCCUCUGUGACAGCAUGUAUUUAUUUAAAAGUGGCUGUUUCUUUUGUUGUUGCUCUGGCAUUAAUGGGGCGUAGAAGAAAGCAAUUACAUUCAAUAAUUUUAUAACAUAUUUUUAAAUUGUAUAAUAAUUUUAUAUACUAGCUUAUGCCACUAUAGCACUGAUUAAUAGCAUAUCAUAAAAAUGAGUUUAAAUUAAAUAGAAGUGUACUUAAUAUGUUGUAGACUGAUAAUAAAUAACUAACAAAACUGUAUUGCUAAUUAAGGAGGAGAGUGAUGUCCAGAUGUAACUGUAUGUAUAGGAUGAAGUUUGUGCACUACUUUGCCUUUUAGCCAUAACGUUUGGGGAAACUGGUGGUGGCCCUCUUUUACUGUCUGUGUCUUGUGUGAAGAAUAGUUAAACCUGGAAAUUGUCUUUUACACAUGUUAAAUGAAGGGAAAGAAUCUCUGUACUCAGAAAAAGUGUGUUUUUAUUUGGGUACUGUGACACUAUCUGUAUAUGAUUUGAAUAGAGCAAUAUUAAAUGUAUACUGUACCUUUUGCUGUAUAUAAACGUCAUGUCUUAUGCCAAGAGAGAUGUUCAAAGAUGCAAAUAAGCUUUGUUAGGCUGAGCUGUGCUGUGCUAUCAUUCUCAGGUGGAUUCUUGGGCAAUAAAGAUGAUCCCUUAAUGCGG